AUGGCUAAAUUAUCUGUUCCAAUUUCCCCACCAAUGGAGUCAACGGGUGAUAGGUUGAUGACCUUAGAAACUCAAGAUGGUAUUGCCUUGCAAGGUUAUUCAUUCGGAGCUGAGGUCCCAGCCGCAGGAGAAGUGGUUUUUCAAACUGGUAUGGUAGGUUAUCCAGAAUCUAUCACUGAUCCCUCUUAUGAAGGUCAAAUUUUGGUCAUCACUUAUCCAUUGGUGGGUAAUUACGGUGUACCAGAUAGAAAAUUGUUAGAUGACGAUUACACUCCAGCAUUACCAAAAUACUUUGAGUCCAACAGAAUUCAUAUUGCCGGUUUGGUUGUUGCUCAUUACACUGAGGAAUUUUCUCAUUUUUUGGCUAAAUCGUCAUUGGGACAAUGGUUGAAAGAGCAAAACAUUCCUGCUAUAUAUGGAGUUGAUACAAGAUCGUUAACGAAAAGAUUGAGAGAAAAGGGUUCAACUUUGGGUAGAUUGGCUUUACAAAAAUCAAGUAUCAAGUCUGAAGAUGUCAUUGGUGACAAGUCCGGUAAUUGGAAGCAAUAUUUUGAAAUUCCCGAAUUUGAUGAUCCAAAUGUUAAGAAUUUGGUUGACAAAGUUUCCAUUAAGGAGCCAGUUUUGUAUGCUCCGAAAGAAAAUAUCAAAUUGGGUAAGGACGGCAAACCAAUUAGAAUUGUUGUUAUUGAUGUUGGUAUGAAGUAUAACCAAAUUAGAUGCUUUGUCAGAAGAGGUGUUGAAUUGUUGGUUGUUCCUUGGGACUAUGAUUUCACUAAAGAAGAGUACGACGGUUUGUUCAUCUCCAACGGUCCUGGUGAUCCAGCUGUUAUGGAUGAAACUGUUGCAAGAUUGCAAAAGGCUUUGCAAGAAGCAAAGACACCAAUUUUUGGUAUUUGUCUUGGUCAUCAAUUAAUGGCAAGAGCUAGCGGUGCUUCAACUUUGAAAUUGAAAUUUGGUAAUCGUGGUCACAAUAUUCCAUGUACAUCAACAAUUUCAGGAAGAUGUUACAUCACAUCCCAGAAUCAUGGUUAUGCAGUUGAUACCAACACAUUGACCGAUGGCUGGAAAGAGUUGUUUGUAAAUGCAAAUGAUGGCUCCAAUGAAGGUAUUUAUCAUGAAACCAAACCAUUCUUUUCGGUGCAAUUCCAUCCAGAAUCCACCCCUGGUCCAAGAGAUACUGAAUUCUUGUUUGAUGUCUUCAUCAAUGCUGUUGUUGAUUAUAACAAGACCGGAGUUUACAAGCAAGUUGAAUUUCCAGGUGGAAAAUUGGCAGACAACUUGGCCGCUCAUCCAAGAGUUGACGUCAAGAAAGUUUUGGUUUUGGGUUCAGGUGGUUUAUCGAUUGGUCAAGCAGGUGAAUUUGAUUACUCGGGAUCUCAAGCUAUCAAAGCUAUGAAAGAGGAGGGUAUAUACACCAUUUUGAUUAAUCCAAACAUCGCCACCAUUCAAACCUCAAAAGGUUUGGCUGAUAAGGUUUACUUUCUUCCAGUUAAUCCGGAAUUUGUUAGAAAAGUUAUUGAACAUGAACGGCCAGAUGGUAUUUAUUGUACCUUUGGUGGUCAAACUGCAUUGAGUGUUGGUAUUGCUUUGAAGGAUGAAUUUGAAGGUUUGGGUGUAAAAGUUUUGGGUACUCCAAUUGACACCGUCAUUACAACCGAGGAUAGAGAAUUGUUUGCCACUGCUAUGUCGGAAAUCGGUGAAAAAUGUGCCAGAUCAGAAGCCUGUAACAAUGUUAAAGAAGCCGUCGAUGCUGCUAAUGCUAUUGGCUACCCGUUGAUUGUCAGAGCUGCUUAUGCUUUGGGUGGUUUGGGUUCAGGUUUUGCCGAUAACGAACAGGAAUUGGUUGCCUUGUGUAACAAGGCUUUCGCCACCUCGCCACAAGUAUUGGUUGAAAAAUCGAUGAAAGGUUGGAAAGAAGUGGAAUAUGAAGUUGUUCGUGAUGCUUUUGACAACUGUAUCACAGUUUGUAAUAUGGAAAACUUUGAUCCUUUGGGUAUCCACACUGGUGAUUCUAUCGUUGUUGCUCCGUCCCAAACUUUAUCUGAUGAAGAUUACAACAUGUUGAGAACUACUGCUGUCAAUGUUAUCAGACAUUUGGGAGUCGUCGGUGAAUGUAACAUUCAGUAUGCUUUGAAUCCAUUUUCAAAAGAGUAUUGUAUUAUCGAAGUGAAUGCCAGAUUAUCACGUUCAUCGGCCUUGGCUUCUAAAGCCACUGGUUACCCAUUGGCAUACACAGCUGCCAAAUUGGGUUUGAACAUUCCAUUAAAUGAAGUUAGAAACAAUGUGACUAGAUCCACAUGUGCAUGUUUCGAGCCAUCUUUAGAUUACGUUGUUGUCAAGAUUCCAAGAUGGGAUUUGAAAAAAUUCACCCGUGUUUCAUCAUUGUUGUCCUCGGCUAUGAAAUCUGUUGGUGAAGUUAUGUCUAUUGGUAGAACUUUUGAAGAAGCUAUUCAAAAGGCUAUUAGAUCCACUGACUAUCAUAAUUUGGGUUUCAACAAGACUGCUGCAUUGAUGUCAAUUGAUAUUGACCAAGAGUUACAAACCCCCUCAGAUCAACGUUUAUUUGCCAUUGCUAAUGCUUUGUCUGAUGGUUAUUCAGUUGAUAAAGUUUGGAAGUUGACCAACAUUGACAAAUGGUUUUUGAACAAAUUGGACGGAUUGAUUAAAUUUGGAAACAGAAUUGCCAGCUAUGGUAAAAAGGAAAACUUGCCAGUGUCAAUCAUUAGACAAGCCAAGCAAUUGGGUUUCGAGGAUAGACAAAUUGCUAAAUUUGUCGAUAGUAAUGAAGUUGCCAUUAGAAGAUUGAGAAAAGAUGCUGGUGUUAUCCCAUUCGUCAAGCAAAUUGAUACCGUUGCUGCUGAAUUCCCUGCUUUCACCAACUACUUGUAUGUCACCUACAAUGCCGAUUCCUCUGAUGUCACUUUCGAUGACAAUGGUGUCAUUGUUUUGGGUUCAGGUGUCUACAGAAUUGGAUCAUCCGUUGAGUUUGAUUGGUGUGCAGUUAGAGCCAUUAGAACAUUGCGUGAGAACAAAAUCAAGACUGUUAUGAUCAACUAUAACCCAGAAACCGUUUCAACUGAUUACGAUGAAGCUGAUAGAUUAUAUUUUGAAACCAUUAAUUUGGAAAGGGUAUUGGAUAUUUACGAAUUGGAGCAAUCUGCAGGUGUCAUUAUUUCCAUGGGUGGUCAAACAUCAAACAACAUUGCUUUGCCAUUGUAUAGACAAAAUGUCAAGAUUUUGGGUACAUCACCAGAAAUGAUUGAUUCAGCAGAAAAUAGGUACAAAUUUUCAAGAAUGUUGGACAAAAUUGGUGUUGAUCAACCAGCGUGGAAAGAGUUGACCUCUAUUGAGGAGGCAGAAGACUUUGCCAAUAAGGUUGGAUAUCCUGUCUUGGUCCGUCCAUCUUAUGUCUUGUCAGGUGCAGCUAUGAAUACUGUUUAUUCCAAGGAUGAUUUAGCAUCGUAUUUGACACAGGCCGUUGAUGUUUCUCCAGAUUACCCUGUUGUCAUCACCAAAUAUAUUGAAAAUGCCAAAGAAAUUGAAAUGGAUGCUGUUGCUAAAGACGGUAAGAUGAUUAUGCAUGUUGUUUCCGAGCAUGUUGAAAACGCUGGUGUUCACUCUGGAGAUGCUACUUUGAUUGUCCCACCACAAGAUUUGGAUCCUGAAACUGUAAGAAGAAUUGUUGAAGCUACUGCCAAGAUUGGUAAAGCUUUGGAUAUCACUGGUCCUUACAAUAUUCAAUUUAUUGCAAAGGAUAACGACAUCAAAGUUAUUGAAUGUAAUGUUAGAGCUUCAAGAUCUUGUCCAUUUGUAUCCAAGGUUGUUGGUGUUGACUUGGUUGAAAUGGCCACGAAGGCUAUUAUGGACUUGCCUGUCACACCAUACCCAGGUGAAAGGUUACCCGAUGAUUAUUGUGCAGUCAAGGUGCCUCAAUUUUCUUUCUCAAGAUUGGCUGGUGCCGAUCCAGUUCUUGGUGUUGAGAUGGCUUCAACCGGUGAAGUUGCCACGUUUGGUAGAAACAAAUAUGAAGCAUAUUUGAAAUCAUUGUUAUCUACUGGCUUCAAAUUACCAAAGAAGAACAUCUUAUUCUCGAUUGGUUCAUACAAAGAAAAACAAGAAUUGUUGCCAAGUAUUGCCAAGUUGAGUGAAUUGGGUUACAAGAUCUUUGCCACUGCUGGUACCGCUGACUUUAUCAAAGAACAUGGUAUCAAGGUUCAUUACUUGGAAGUCUUGAGUAAGGAAGAGGACCAAAAAUCAGAAUAUUCAUUGACUCAACAUUUGGCAAACAACUUGAUUGAUUUGUAUGUCAACUUGCCAUCAGCAAACAGAUUCCGUCGUCCUGCUUCAUACAUGUCGAAAGGUUACGAAUCUCGUCGUAUGGCUGUUGAUUUUGCCAUUCCGUUGGUUACAAAUGUCAAGAAUGCUAAAUUGUUAGUUGAGGCUAUUGCCAGAAACAUCUCCAUGGAUGUUUCCAACAGAGAUGCUCAAACAUCCCAUGGAACUGCUACGUUGCCGGGUCUCAUUAACAUUUCUUCAUUUGCCACUUCAUUCAACGACUUUGAGAAAACCACCAAACAAUCAUUGGCUGCCGGUUUCACUUUCAAUUGCUUCUUGCCACAUACUCAAACUGGUGUUGCUAUUACUGACUACAGAAGCUUAAUUGAAGCUAUUGAUCAAGCUGGAGCUGACGCAUACACUGAUUUCUCAUUCGCAAUUGCUGCUUCAGAAACUAAUUCACAAAGUGUUGCUGAUGCUGCUGAUAACGCUGGCUCUUUAUACAUCCCAUUCAACGACAUUGAUGGGUCUAAAGUCUCGGCUGUCAAUGCUCAAUUCACCGCUUGGCCACAAACCAAACCAAUUGUCACCGAUGCAAAGGCUACAGACUUGGCAUCUGUUCUUUUGUUGGCCUCCUUGUACAACAGAUCAAUCCAUAUUACUAGCGUAUCUUCCAAAGAGGAUUUGGACUUGAUUUUGAUGGCAAAGAACAAAGGGUUGUCAGUUACUUGCGAUGUUGCGGUCUUUACCUUGUUCAUUUCAAAAGAUGAUUUGGACUAUCCAUUUUUACCAACCAAGAAGGAUCAAGAUUACUUGUGGCAACACUUGAAAGACAUCGAUUGUUUCUCAACUGGUGUCUUGCCUUACUUGGUUGCCAAGGCAACUAACCAAAAGAUCGUACCAGGUUUGGGAAUCAAUGAAACUCUCCCAUUGUUGCUUUCUGCUGUCAAUAAAGGUAAACUCACCAUUGGUGAUAUUGUUGCAAAAUUCCACGACAAACCAGCCAAGAUUUUCAACAUUCCAAAGCAAGACGCUCAGGUUAUUCUUGACUUGGACAGAUACUCCGAAAUUGAUCCAUCUUAUCCUGAGUUUGCUAAAUUGAAAUUGAGAGGUGCGAUUGAAAGAGUCUCUUUCCAUAACGAAACUGUUGUGCUAGAUGGGUCAGUUUUGGUUGAUUCUGCUUUAGGUAAGAAUGAAGUUGGAUCCAGGUCAAGAUUCAACUCAGUUACCACUAUGCCACAAUCACCUGUAUUGGGCCAAAAAAGGGUUUCAUUUUCAGGAUUGCGUCGUCCGUCGAUUGCUCCAAGCACACCCGAACCACAACCAGCUGAAUUCGAAAAAUUGGGGUCAGAGUUGGUUUCACAACCGGUUGCUGGUUCCAUGGGAGAGAUUGCCGCAUUGAGCGACUACAUCAGAAAGAACAAUACAUUUUUGAGAAACAACAUUUUAUCGGUAAAGGAUAUCACCAGAUCUGAUUUACAUUCAUUGUUUACUGUUGCUCAAGAAAUGAGAUUAGCUGUUGAAAGGCAAGGCGUUUUGGAUAUUUUGAAGGGAAGAGUUUUGGCAACCAUGUUUUACGAACCAUCCACGAGAACCUCAACCUCAUUCGAUGCUGCCAUGCAAAGAUUGGGUGGUAGAGUUGUUGCUAUCAACUCGGACGCAUCUUCGGUGAAGAAAGGCGAGACUUUACAAGACACUAUUAGAACUUUGUCGUGUUACUCUGAUGCUAUUGUUUUGAGACAUCCAAAAGAAGAAAGUGCAGACAUUGCUGCUAAAUACUCUCCAGUACCAAUCAUCAAUGCAGGAAAUGGAACAAAAGAGCAUCCUACCCAAGCAUUAUUGGACUUGUUCACCAUCAGAGAAGAAUUGGGUACCGUCAAUGGUAUUACAGUCACAUUUAUGGGUGAUUUGAAAUAUGGUAGACCAGUUCAUUCAUUGGUACAUUUGUUGCGUCACUACCACGUUAGAGUCCAAUUGGUUGCACCAAAGGAAUUGGCAAUUCCAAAAGAUAUUAGAGACUUGUUGAUUGAACACAACAUGUUGGUUGCUGAAUCCGAAGAAUUGACUAAUGAUCUUAUUGCCAGAUCCGACGUCUUGUAUUGUACUAGAGUACAGGAGGAAAGAUUUGCAGAUAAACAGCAAUAUGAAAGAUUGAAGGACACUUACAUUGUUGAUAACAAGAUCUUGAGUAAUGCUAAACAGCACAUGUGUGUUAUGCAUCCAUUGCCAAGAACUAACGAGAUUAGAGAAGAAGUUGAUUUCGAUCAAAGAGCUGCAUACUUCAGACAAAUGAGACAUGGUUUGUUUAUUAGAAUGGCAUUGUUGGCCAUGGUCAUUGGUGUCGAUUUUUAG